UACUCUGGCUCGGCUGGCGCGUAUGGGGUGACAGCGAUGGGAACCGUGGGCGUAGGGCUGGUGGACUGUCAUUGUCACCUCUCCGAACCGGCCUUUGACCACGAUCUGGAUGAUGUGUUGGAGAAAGCCAAGAAGGCCAAUGUUGUGGCCCUUGUGGCGGUUGCUGAACAUUCAGGAGAAUUUGAAAAGAUUAUGCAACUUUCAGAGAGGUAUAGUGGGUUUGUCCUGCCAUGCUUGGGUGUCCACCCAGUUCAAGGAUUUUCAUCAGAAGACCAAAGAAGUGUCACAUUAAAGGAUUUGGAUGUAGCUUUGCCCAUUAUCGAGAAAUACAAAGAUCAGCUGUUGGCAAUUGGCGAGGUUGGACUAGAUUUCUCCCCUAGAUUUGCUGGCACUGAUGAGCAGAAGGAAGAGCAAAGACAAGUCCUAAUCAGACAGGUCCAAUUAGCCAAAAGACUAAAUUUGCCUUUAAAUGUGCACUCACGCUCUGCUGGAAGACCCACCAUCAACCUCUUACGUGAGCAAGGGGCUGACAAGGUACUGCUGCAUGCAUUUGAUGGCCGGCCAUCUGUAGCAAUGGAAGGAGUAAGAGAUGGGUACUUUUUCUCAAUUCCCCCUUCUAUCAUAAGAAGUAAACAGAAGCAGAAACUUGUGAAACAGUUGCCUUUAACUUCUAUAUGCUUGGAAACAGAUUCACCUGCACUAGGACCAGAAAAACAGGUACGGAAUGAGCCCUGGAACAUUUCCAUUUCAGCAGAAUAUAUUGCCCAGGUGAAAGGGAUUUCAGUGAAAGAAGUCAUAGAAGUGACAACACAGAACGCAUUAAAACUGUUUCCCAAGCUUCAACACCUGCUCCAGAAAUAGCUUCAAACCCAUCGAUUACAAACCAAAUCAACUGCAGGGGCCACCAUUUGAAAAAAAAAGAAAUCUUCUGAUUAAGAACCUGAAUUGAGAAAGCUAUUUUAUGGAGAUAUAGAAGACUAUAAUUGUAGAGCAGUAUUUCUCUUGGAGAAAUAUUGAGCUUAGAUCUUGAAACCCUGCAUUCUGAUUCUAGCCUUGUGUUACAUUUCAAUUAGCUGAGUCCUGGCAGGAAAUUGGGAAAAUAUUGCUACUUCUUAAGUUGUGGCAUUAAGUAGAACUGCCAUCUGAACUGAAACCAUUGCUUCUGGGAAGCAGACCCCCACAGGUAAGGGGGGGUCUAGAGUACAGUGUACUAGAGUCUUACUCUGUUUCCCAGGCUAGAGUAGAGUGGCUGGAGUACUGCUGUGAUGAGGAUAGGGUAGGCUAAUGUUUGAUCUUUCACUACCUGUUUUAUUUCCCAUAGAACUUAACCAGCAAGUGGAGAGCAUCUGGUUUCUUAUACUAUCAGAAAUAUUCUAUUUUCUAGAUUUGUAAAAUUGAACAUUUAGUACUUCUAAUUAUUUCUCUUUAAGGAAAAAAUGCAUAUCAAGUUUCAUACUGAUCUUAGUUUUUGACUUAUGAGGCUAGUGGGUGAGACAACCACUAUUAAAUACCAAAGCCCAGAAGUUACUGAUGUGAAGUUCUACUCUGAAUUUUUUCAAAUAUUUAAAGUGUAAAUGUCUUUAUUAAAAAUAU